AGUGUUAAAUCAAGGUCGGAAAGUUAUGAAGAAAGCCUCGUUAUCACUACUGCUCUUUUGCGUUGUCUGUUACGGGCUUGGAGACGAGAAUCUCGUUGCAGCUAGAAUAUCGAAGGGCUCCAAGCAGCCGUUGAAGAAAGUGUUGGAGCUGUUCAAUAAAACUGAAUCUACGAAAACAAAUGUGCUACAUCCAAUGGUAAGCCCUCGCAUUGUUACGGACAUCAACUUGGAUGGUCACCGCCUAGCGGAGAUAUUCGAAGACACGAGCACUGGCGAAUUCAUCAGCUGCAAUCUCGUCGGUAACAAGACACAGAUUGAGAGCAUAUUAAAGUCGAUCCCGUCAGAGCUGGUCACCGACGUAUCAGUGGAAGAAAUGAAUCAGUUCAUCGACAAAUGUGCCGACAAAGAUACAACGCAAGAACGGUCUUCUUUUUCAGAGAGUCUGGGCGAUGAAUUCCGAAGCCUCGUCAUAUUCCCAGGAACAAAGUGCUGCGGAGCUGGUGACGUGGCAAAAAAUUACGAUGAUUUGGGGUCGGCGAGAGACACCGACAGAUGCUGCCGUGAACACGACCAUUCUCAAGACAACAUACCGGCAUUCGAGACUAAGCACAAUGUAACAAAUUACUUGCCGUAUACGAUGACAGGCUGCGUUUACGACAGGAAGUUCUUCAACUGUCUACAAAACGUGAGCAGCCUCCCUUCCGUGACUGUGGGAGUCCUGUUUUUCGACGUACUGCAAACGAAGUGCUUCGAAUAUGGCUAUCCCACUGAGUGCACAAAGUACAACUACUGGCGUAUUCUUUUACUGAAGGAUCCCUGUGAAGUUGAAGAGCCUGACACGUCAAAACCUAAGGAGUGGCACAUCGAGAGCCCACCAAACUUUUUAGAAACAUUCAUUGAACAAAAGAAAGUUUAAAUACGUACGAAAUCUUCGAUGUCAGAGGAAACUGAAGUUUAGGGCUCAAGAAAGCUGAGAUUGGGUGGGUUAUAAUUUUAUAACAAAUUUGACAGCUGUUCAAAGUGUCUAGAAUGCGUAACACUGUAAACACUACAUCACAGUUUUAACUAAGUACACCUAUUGUUUGCCGAGAAUCUUUGCUGCGCAUGUCCACAUAAAUGAAAUGAAAUCAA